AUGGCAACAACUUGGAAACAAGAGAUUGCCAUCAAUUCGUUACGUAUGGUUUACCCUCCCAUUAACACGGCUCUACCGUCUCAUUCUGGAGUGCUAAGAGUGACUAGAAUCCAAGAAGACGGAAAUCACAGCGUCAUACCCAUAUCGUCACUGAAAACAGAUCUAGUUAUCAGUCUUCAGGGAAUGGCGACUCUGGCAGCUCUAUUGACUAACAGAUAUAUUCUUGCUAUUGAUUGUAGCCGACUUGUUCCUGCCAUCCAUAUCCAAACCUCUACUCCCACUCCUCCCGCACUCACGCCUACAGCGCUUCAAGCUUGCAAACCCCACCUCCCCUUUAUUGACUUCCUUCCAUUCCCGCAAUUCCGAGACAACCUUCUACGCGCUGGAGAUGUAAUUGACUCUUACGAGUUCUGGGAUGAUAUGGUGUCAGGCAAGUUGAAGGUCUGGGGGAAGACUCCCUGGGACCGUAGAGGCUGGGAAAUGCAAGAAGACUUUGCGACAAAGUGGAGCUGGGUGGUAACAGAUGAUAUCUUAGAGGAAACUAAUUUUUGGAGGGUAUCGAGAGGCGAGGAACCUCUGCUGCCGCACUUACUACAGGGACUAUAA